UAAGAGAGUGAUGACGAUUCAGAAGCCCAGAGCUUGAGUGUCCUCCAAACAUUUAAAAAUUCCACAGGCCAAUUUCUGAAAAACAGCUACUUGUUAGAACAGGACGGAGAAUACCCAAAAGGGGUAUCUCACUGUACGUGCGAUGGAGAACAACAAGGUUUCCUAUUCGUCUAGGUGGGAUGGCCAUGACAGUGCCUGCCAAUGCCCCUGGCUUCAGGCUACGCUCUCUGAUUUGAACGAGAAAACAAAGGCCAUGUUAGUCCUCAUACAAGAAGAUGGCGAUUCAUUCGUUCAGAGAGACGAGAUGUACUACAAGAGGCGGCCUGAGCUCAUCAAAAUGGUCGAGGAGUUCCACAGGUCCUACCGUUCUUUAGCUGAACGCUACGACCAGUUGAGGUCUAAGCCUGGCUCAUCUCUAUUGGUUCAGUCUCGAUUUUCCUCUCCAUCCAACUCUUUCAAACAUAUGCGCACCAAAGAAUCAACACGAAGCAGCUCUACUGAUGCUAAAUUAGAGACAUCUGAGUCCCGUCCUGAAUCAGUUGUUGAAGACCCAGAUUUUGAAAUUCGAGAUCAUAAUCAAAAGGAGGGAAGAUGCGAAGCGUUGCUGCUAGAUGCCAAGGAGGUCGAUGAGAAAGUGAGUGGUUUUGGAGUGGAUCUUAAUUUGGUUGGAGAUUUCCCAGUGGAUAGCUUUGAGAGGGAGAGUACGUCGUCUGAACUUAGGUUCCAAGUUUGGAAGCUAAUGGAGGAUAAUCUACGGCAACAAGAGGAAUUGAUACGUAGAAAUGAUGAAAAGAGAGAAGCUAUUAAAGAUCUCUGUUUCCUGGUUGACAGACUAAUGAAUGAGAACAAGGCUCUCCAGAAUUGCUUGAGAUGUUCAGAGGUUGGUAGGAAGCAAAAUAAAUCUCAUAUAUCGAAAUUGAAGAGAUUGAUCUUUGGGAAGUUGUUCAGAGGAGAUGCCCCAUGAUUUGGUCUUCUAUCUAUAUCACCUCUUCCUUUUCUUUCUCCAUGUUUUUGUUUGAUUUGAAGUCACAUAUUGAGUAAA